AGUAAAUGCGUCUUCCCUCUACCAUCCCACGUACCCUCCCGUUCCCAGCCUCAUCCACGCAUCUGUGUUUGGCCAGCCGGGGAAUAAACGUGUGUCCUUUCCUUCUCUGUCAGCAGCGUCCGUCUCCAAGAGAGUAUGAAGAGAGUGCGUCUGUAGGGCAGGGAAGAUGGCGGACAAGCGCAAACUCCAAGGUGAGAUUGAUCGCUGCCUCAAGAAGGUGUCCGAGGGCGUGGAGCAGUUUGAAGAUAUUUGGCAGAAGCUCCACAACGCAGCCAACGCGAACCAGAAAGAAAAGUAUGAGGCUGACCUAAAGAAGGAGAUUAAGAAACUUCAACGGCUGAGGGACCAGAUCAAGACAUGGGUAGCGUCCAACGAGAUCAAGGACAAGAGGCAGCUCAUAGACAACCGCAAGCUCAUUGAGACGCAAAUGGAACGGUUCAAAGUUGUGGAGCGAGAGACCAAGACUAAAGCCUACAGCAAGGAGGGCCUGGGCCUGGCACAGAAGGUGGACCCUGCCCAGAAGGAGAAGGAGGAGGUUGGCCAGUGGCUCACGAACACCAUUGACACCCUGAACAUGCAGGUGGACCAGUUUGAGAGUGAAGUGGAGUCACUGUCCGUGCAAACGCGCAAGAAGAAGGGUGACAAGGAUAAGCAGGACCGGAUCGAGGGCCUGAAGCGGCACAUCGAAAAGCACCGCUAUCACGUGCGCAUGCUGGAGACCAUCCUGCGCAUGCUGGACAACGACUCCAUCCUCGUUGACGCCAUCCGCAAGAUCAAGGACGAUGUCGAGUACUACGUCGACUCGUCCCAGGACCCCGACUUCGAGGAGAAUGAGUUCCUCUAUGACGACCUGGACCUCGAGGACAUUCCACAGGCGCUGGUCGCCACGUCCCCGCCCAGCCACAGUCACAUGGAGGACGAGAUCUUCAACCAGUCCAGCAGCACACCCACCUCGACCACCUCCAGCUCGCCCAUCCCGCCCAGCCCGGCCAACUGCACCACGGAAAACUCUGAAGAUGACAAGAAGAGGGGACGCUCGACGGAUAGCGAAGUCAGCCAGUCUCCAGCCAAAAAUGGCUCCAAGCCUGUCCACAGCAACCAGCACCCUCAGUCCCCGGCUGUGCCGCCCAGCUACCCGCCCGGCCCCCCGCCUGCCGCCUCUGCCCUGAGCACCGCCCCUGGCAACAACGGGGCCUCCGCCCCAGCAGCGCCCGCAAGCGCCCUGGGCCCCAAGGCCAGCCCAGCCCCCAGCCACAGCUCGGGCACCCCUGCGCCCUACGCCCAGGCUGUGGCCCCGCCGGCCCCCAGCGGGUCCAGCGCCGCCCAGCCCCGGCCCCCCAGCGUCCAGCCCGGCGGGGGCGGGGGUGGCGGUAACAGCGGCGGAGGCGGAGGCGCCGGCAAGCAGAACGGCACCACCAGUUACAGCUCGGUGGUGGCAGACAGCCCGGCAGAGGUGGCUCUCAGCAGCGCUGGGGGUGGCAGUGCCAGCAGCCAGGCUCCGGGCCCCCCGUCGGGCCCCCACAACCCACCGCCCAGCACCUCGAAGGAACCCAGUGCGGCGGCCCCAGCAGGGGCUGGGGGUGUGGUCCCAGGCUCAGGGAACAACACAGGGGGACCCAGUCUCCUGGUGCCACUUCCCGUGAACCCUCCCAGCUCCCCGACACCCAGCUUCAGCGAGGCCAAGGCAGCCGGCACUCUGCUCAACGGACCUCCACAGUUCAGCGCUGCCCCAGAGAUCAAGGCCCCCGAGCCUCUGAGCUCGCUCAAGUCCAUGGCGGAGCGGGCGGCCAUCAGCUCCGGCAUCGAGGACCCCGUGCCCACUCUGCACCUGACCGAGCGAGACAUGAUCCUGAGCGGCACCUCUGCUCCGCCGGCCUCGGCGCAGCCGCCCCUGCAGCUGUCGGAGGUGAACAUCCCGCUGUCGCUGGGCGUGUGUCCGCUGGGGCCUGUGCCCCUCACCAAGGAGCAGCUCUACCAGCAGGCCAUGGAGGAGGCCGCCUGGCACCACAUGCCCCACCCCUCAGACUCCGAGCGCAUCCGGCAGUACCUCCCCCGGAACCCCUGCCCGACGCCCCCCUACCACCACCAGAUGCCACCCCCACACUCGGACACCGUGGAGUUCUACCAGCGCCUGUCAACCGAGACACUCUUCUUCAUCUUCUACUAUCUGGAGGUACAGCAGGGCCCCCGGGGCAGCCUCGGGCCCCCCGGCUUCGCCGCCACCGCCGCC